GCGCACGGAUUCAAGUGCUGAGGCGCCAAGACUUCAUUAAUCUUGUGGUCCUCUCCCGCCUUCCUGCGCGCGCCCGCUUCACUCUUCCCUGCGCUCGCCCCGAAUUCGGUUAAGAUCCAGCGUCGCGGUCCCUACGGGCCUGGAGCUCCGCGCGGGUCCCCUGGAGACGACGACCACGACGAAGCCGCCUCUGCUAGGCCCUGCUGCAGCCGGCGGAGUCCACCCGCGCGCCCAGGAGAGCCCAGGGGGUCAGCCCCACUGUGCGCCAGGCGACGAGCGAGCGCGGAACCAUGCCGGUGUUGGACCAGGCGUUCGUGACGCUGGCCACCAAUGACACGUACUGCCAGGGCGCUCUGGUGCUGGGACAGUCGCUGAGGACGCAGCGGGCGACCAGGAAGCUGGUGGUUCUCAUCACCUCACAGGUGUCCAGCCUGCUCAGGGUUAUCCUGUCGAAGGUGUUUGAUGAGGUGAUCGAGGUGAACCUGAUGGACAGUGCAGACUACAUCCACCUGGCCUUUCUGAAGAGGCCUGAGCUUGGGGUCACCCUCACCAAGCUUCACUGUUGGACCCUCACCCAUUACAGCAAGUGCGUCUUCCUGGAUGCAGAUACUCUGGUGCUGUCCAAUAUCGAUGAGCUGUUUGACAGGGCGGAGUUUUCCGCAGCCCCGGAUCCCGGGUGGCCGGACUGCUUCAACAGCGGCGUCUUCGUCUUCCAACCGUCUCUUGAGACGCACGGCCUCUUGCUGCGACAUGCCGCGGACCACGGCAGCUUUGACGGGGCAGAUCAAGGCUUACUGAACAGUUUCUUCAGUAGCUGGUCCACGGCAGACAUCCACAAGCACUUACCGUUCAUCUACAACUUGAGCAGUAACACGGCAUACACCUACAGCCCCGCCUUCAAACGAUUCGGCUCGAGUGCAAAGGUCGUGCACUUUCUGGGACCCACAAAGCCGUGGAACUAUAAGUACAAUCCGCAGACGGGCUCGGUGUUGGAGGACGGCUCCGGGUUGGGGACCCAGCACCAGACGUCCUUCCUCAACCUGUGGUGGACAGUCUACCAGCACAGCGUCCUGCCUCUUUACGAGAGCUUCCGGGAUGCGGGAGAGCACGUGGCUCCGGGACACGCCACUGGCGUCGGGGAGCCGUGUGCAGAAUCAGCAGGGUCCAGCCAGCCUUGGCCAGCUGAGGGCCCUUCGGAGGAGACUGUGGUCACGGAGGACAUCCCGCCUUCCCCCAAGGGAUGCCGUUCGGAGGACACGAUAGGGUGGCCUGAACUUGAGACUUCCGCUGGAGUGAGGUGUGACCCAUUAUCACCACCCUCCCCUCAAUGUGCAGACUCCACAGAGACCCAGACCACCUCGCGGCCUGCGGAUAAAGCAGAAAGUGGCCCGUCUGUGGAAGCCGUGGAACCGAGCCAGGAGCCCCCUGUGGAUGUCACCGGGGACCCCAGUCCUCAGGAUGCUCUGGAGGUUGACCUGGCUGUCUCCGUUUUCGAGAUUUCCAUCGAAGAGAAGGUCAAGGCCCCGAGUCCUGAGGAGGAAAGGAGACACUGGGAGGAGGGACGCAUCGACUACAUGGGGAAGGACGCGUUCGCCCGCAUCCAGGAGAAGCUGGACCGGUUUCUGCAGUAACCUGACCGGUUGUGUUGCUCCGUGUGUGGUUAUAGACGGUGCUGUUGCAUGGUCCCGUUGCGUGGACAUCUCCUUCCGGCCCUUCAGAGGGAACAGGUGUUCAACUAUGUGCCUCUGUUUAGGGCUGACCAGCCUGAGUGCCUCAAAAAAAUAACGUAGACCAUCCAAAACCCAGCUUGAAGCCCUCCCCGCCGCCCCCGCCGAUCCAAGCUCUCCAUGCCUUCUUGGCUGCCCCCCACUUUCAGCAGAUGGGAGCGGCAAUAAACUUCCGGUAGACCCUUAUUCGUGCUCCCUGGUCUUGCCCCAAGGAGCUCCGAGAUGCUGCCUUGGGCAGGUGCUACCAUAUCUAUCCUACGUAGCGUUGCCUUCUGCCCCGAAGCUAAUGACACCGGUAUACCCGUUCAGGAACCCUCGAGGAUGGAAAGUCCUUUCCUUGAGGAUUAGGUAGACGUUCAGGCAUCUUGAGGGUGAGUCUCACGUAGACUUUGCAGAGCGCGUCUGAGAAACACCGCAGCUGUUACUCUUCUGGAAAACCCAACUGGACCGCCACGUGCCAUUGACUGACGCCCAGUUUGGGAGACGCUGGAGAUGAUGUGGAAGGAAGAUUCUAGCCGGCUUGCGGCAGGGAGCGUCAUGUCAGUUUGGAAGGACCAAGGGUUUAGUCCAGGUGGUUCUGGCGACACCUUGCUCACGCUAAGAGAAUCUCCAGAGGUUCUUCUCCUUGUUUAGAGGCCGAUCCAUUUGUGGUGUGUCCCACGUGACUGCUUGUUGCCGGAUAUCACUACCUCAGCCUGAAUAACGGGUCAAGUCAGCACGUUCCCAAACCAUUUCGACACCGCUGUUUUGGGGACACUUCUCAGUUGUUUGAGACUGGAAGCUUUCUUCCAGGAGAAAUCCUCAUCUUCAGAAGUGUCCUAAUUUUGUGAAUCCAUGCCGCGUGUUGGAACAGCUCACAGGGUCGCUGCUUGUGGCCGCCACGAUCAUAAUUAACGACGGGCAUCGCUGAGCUAAAGAGAGGUAAAUGUGACGUUUUGGAAGUUAGAAUGGUUUGUCUUGCACGUACUGUGGAGCAUCGAAGGGUCUGGUAGACCGCUUUGGACCACGUGGUGAUGGUUAUGUCAUAACCCGGUGGGUGUGUCUGGCCAGAGUUCCCAUCCUGUCAAGCAGGUGAGCCCUUGGCUAGCGGAAUCUGGGCGCGUCCGUGACGUCAGUUGUGGUGACAGCUUUUGCACGAUGUGAGUGACGGAGGGUUUGCUUCCUUCCGCUCUGGGAGGCAGUCUUGGCUGACAUCACACACAGGAUGCUCCCGGGGCUAAUUGAAGAUAGCCAUUGGGAUAUAGCCUUAGAGGGACUGAGUUGGGACGGUACUCAGCCGUCCGAGUAACACGGGACAGUUAUUCUGGGGAAAGACUGGUGCUCUGUGCUGUGGUGUUGGGUUACAAAGAACAGGAGCCCAAGUCUGACAUACUUCAGGAGGAGCCCAGAUGAUGAAUAUUUGAGUCUGGCGUAGCUUCUGUGGGGAAGAGAACUCCUGUUUCUGGACAGUGGUUCAUUGGCUCAAGAUACACGCUCGACGAAGACUUCUGUUACGCAUUCUGGUCUGCUCACGCAUUUCAAUUAAAAAUUUAAAACAGCAA